AUGCAUCUCAUGUACAUCCCCGACGCCAGCGGCAAGCGCGUCUACACCCUCAAGAAAGUCCUCGACGGCGCAGUUUCCAAAUCAGCACAUCCGGCAAGAUUCUCACCUGACGACAAGUACUCGAGGCAUCGGGUCACUCUCAAGAAGCGCUAUGGCCUGCUUUUGACGCAGCAAAAUGACAAGAAGGUGCUAGGACAGUAG